CACCGCUUACAGUCAGUCAAAGUCGCAGGUAGUAUUUAGAUUUAGAAGAAGACGAACUGACGAAGAAGAGUGAUAUUGGAGUUGCAGUGGAUAUGGAGUCUCAGAAGAAGAAGGUAAUGGUGGCGAUCGACGAGAGCGAAUUCGGCAGCUAUGCUCUUGAGUGGGCUCUUCAAAACCUUCACGACUCUAUGGCAAAUAAGGAGCUCCUGCUUUUCACUGUACAGCCCAUGUCUGAUUACAACUAUCUUUCUGCCUCUUCUUAUGGUUCUACUCCUCCGGAGCUCAUUGGAAAUCUCCAAGAAUAUCAUAAAAAAGUUGCUCUUAAUCUGUUGAACCAGGCUAAGGAUCUCUGCAGUAAAUACGGGAUAGCUGCAGAGACAGUGACUGAAGUUGGGGAUCCUAAAGAGCUCAUAUGUGAAGCAGUUGAAAAGUUUAAGAUCCAGCUUCUUGUUUUGGGUAGCCAUAGUCGUGGAGCUCUAAAGAGGGUUUUUCUUGGUAGCGUCAGCAAUCACUGUGUUCAACAUGUGAAGUGCCCAGUUCUCGUGGUAAAGAAAACUGAGUGAACUAAUCAGGUCGUAUCCUCGUUGGAGUUUUAUGAUUUUCUGGUUCUACUUGUGUAACUCUUCUUUAAGAUGCUAUGUGUAAAUUUACUUGGUGAAUAAAAACAUGUAAAAUAAAUAAAAUUACUGUGUGGAUUUUUCCCAGAA